AUGACAGAAAUCACACAAAAGACUGUUUCAAACAAAAGCGAGUCGAUUGCUGAGGUGGUGCCUGCUGAUGUUGCCAUGAAAGAAGAGACAUCCAUUGAACAAUUGGAGAAUCUAUCCUACAAGGAAGACAAUAGGCUCAACAAGAGACUUGUCAAAUCCAACAUUGGUAACGCAAAACUAGGUGGUCUCGAAGAAGAUUUGCACAUGUCAAAAUCAGAAUACCAAUGGUCUCUGUCCAUCUUUUACUUCUCCUAUGUUAUCUUUGAUCUCCCCUCCAACAUUAUCAUGAGACGCUGGCGUCCAUCACAUUGGCUUGGUAUUCUGAUGUUCUGUUGGGGCGCUGUAGCAACUGCCAUGGCUGCAAGUACAAGCUUUGCAGGUCUUGCCAUCUGUCGAUUUCUGUUAGGUUUAUUCGAAGCUGGCUUCUUCCCUGGUGUCAUUUAUUUCAUGUCUCUCUGGUAUACUCGCAAAGAAUAUGGUCGUCGCAUUGGUUUCUUUUGGUCUUUUUCUAGUUUGGCAGGCGCAUUUGGUGGUUUGAUUGCUUUUGGUAUCAGUCAAAUCAAGAACGAUGCCUUGGCUACAUGGCAAUGGCUUUUCAUUAUCGAAGGUGUUCCCUCCAUUUUGCUGGCAGUCGUGUCUGCUUGGUACCUCCCCAAUAAGCCAGAAACAGCUAGAUUUUUGACUGAGGAAGAAAGAGAACAUGCCGUCAACAGAUUAGCAAAUGAUGCUGGCGCUUCUAAUGAUCACUCUUGGUCAUGGGCUCAAGUUGUUUCCGUGUUUACAGAUUGGAAAACGUAUAUCUACAUGUGCAUCUACAUCUUGGGCACAGUUGCCUUACAAGGCGUUACUCUCUUCCUGCCUUCCAUUGUAGCGAAUAUGGGUACAUGGUCUAAACCUGUAGCUCAAGCAUUGACAGUACCACCCUACUUUUUGGCAUUCUUGGCAACGGUGGCCAUCAGUUGGAGUUCAGAUAAAUACUUUGAAAGAGCUUAUCACAUGGUUGGAUUAAACUCGAUUGCUCUACUUGGGUUCUUGCUGUUGAUGUUCCUCUCUUCAGAUAAUGUAGCUGGAAACUACAUUGCAGCUUGUUUAGUCACCAUUUCAGUCUAUGGAAACGUUGCUGUCAAGGUAGCAUGGUUCAAUAACAAUUACGGUGGCCUCACUCGUCGUGCUGUUGCAUCAGCUGCUAUUGUUAGUUUUGGUACAAUUGGUGGUGCCAUUGGUGGACAAAUUUACUAUGACCCCCCUCAUUAUUUUGCGGGUAAUACCAUUGCAUUCAGUUGUAUGGCUGGCCAAACCGUCCUGGUGAUUCUUUUACGUAUCUUGCUCGCUCGUGAAAACAAGAGAAGAAGCAGACUUUCAGAAGAACAAAGAGAGCUUGAGAUUCAUAAGUAUGGUGGUAUGGAUCUUGUAGGCGAUCGUCAUUACAGUUUCAAAUAUGUCUUGUAA